AUGUCUUCGUCCGCCGACUCUGACCCUAGACAUUUCGCCCAGCCAGAGAUACGUCGCUACAUUAGGCUGGCUGCAGAGAUCAACGACAAGCGCCGGAAUACGUGUUGGUACUCGCAAUUCUGGCCAUACGGGUCCGCUGACGACGAUCCUAUAUUCUACCUAUCGACGCGAUGGAAUAUGCAAGUGUGGCGCAUCGACAAGGACUCUGAAUCUGCACAGAUUGAGAAUCUUUCGUACUGUGAGGUCAAGGCUGUGCAGGAAGACCAAGAACAGAAUGAAGUAAUUUUGGAGGACUAUUGCUCGGCUGCUUGGGCAUAUAUCACAGAGGAUGAACCUCUAUUGCUGGGUGCGGGCGAUCACGGCUACAUCCGGGUCUUCAAUGCUACCAGUGGUGACCUGAAGACAACACUUGUCGGCCACGGAAAAGGUGUCGUCAACGAACUUGCUACGCAUCCUAGAUACCCAUGGAUAUUUGCAAGUGCGUCCGUUGACCAAAGCAUUCGGAUCUGGGACCUACGGCGUUGGGACAGCAAGCAUGAAUCACCAACAGUUGUGAUCUGUGGCGCCGGCAAUGGGCAUCAAGCUAGUGUCAUGACCCUUGCCUGGCAUCAAUCGGGAAGAUAUCUGAUAUCUGGCGGGUUCGAUAAUCGCAUCUGCGUGUGGACCAUUCCCGAUCUCGCGCCUGACUCGCCCUUCUGGAGUGAGAUAGCGCCAGAUGGGGCAAGCCGGCGAGCGGAGCAAGUCCGACUCAUCCACUAUCCGCACUUCACCUCUUCUGCUAUUCACAACUACUACGUCGAUUGCAUCGUGUUCUGGAGCAUAAACGGAUUCCAGUCUUCUCGAGAGCCACCCGAUGGGAUCCUUGCUCCCAAGGCGUCGGAGCAUUUGGACACCAGGAACGGCUUCACUCGAAUUGUGUUGACCACGGAGGACGGUGUGCAGAAGAUUACCACCGACCCGAUCUUCGCCUCGGACCAUCCGUUCCAGCGCCUUGUCCAAUUCGAGAUACCAGACUGUGAACCCUUCUUUAUCAGAUUCGAUCUUCUCACACCAAGUCUCAAGUAUCCGGACAUACAUCCAGUCCUGGCCUGCGGCAAUGUGAAAAGUCUUGCUCGGUUCUGGGACUUGGAAGCUUUGGAUCGUGGAUACGACUACUCUGUCCCAGCCACUAGAGGCGGCGCGAGGCGUGGACGCGGCUCAAGGGCGCGAAGAGGUACGGCACACGCGAACAGAGCAGUCCGAGGUGGGCUCAGCCAUUCCGACUCGGCUCCCGCGAUCAUGACCAGUGUUGACGAAACAGGAGCAAAUUCUCGUGACACCCCUCGCACAGGGUCUGCACACCCGUCAUCCGUUGCUUCCAGUUCCAGUCGGGCACUGCCGACCGAUGACGCCCUGCGGGACUCCUCCGAGAUGUCUGAGCGCCUGCCUCCAUCAGAAGACCUGCCUAAAGGACCACUCGUAGAGCCGCCGGAAGAUCGUAACAGAUUCCCUCUGACAGCCCCAAGUCAUCCGCUCGAGAAGGCUCACUUCCAAGUCGAUCUGUCGGGUGCUAAAGGCGACGGAUCAGCCUUCACGUCCAGAGCGGUAGCCUGGAGCCCAAACGGCAGAUACUGCGUGAUAGUGGGAGAGACUUUCGAGUGGAAGGGUCAGAAAGGCAGAGGGAAGACGAUGGACAACGUUCAGAUGGGUAUGGCGGUGUUGUUGGAGCGGGCUAUUCCAGCUUGA